AUAUAAAUGUUACUUAGUGCAAGGUCAACUUGCCCACACGUCUGUUUCUUGAGAAGGUUAAUGUCUUUUUGAAUGGCAGUGUUUAGCACCACUUUGUUUGGUUGCACUUGCUCGUCGGUUUCAAACUAUGGCACUGAGGUUGCUGAGGGCUAGUUUCACGUACUUGUGACUCCUGUAUGUUGCUAAAGUUUUUAAUUUGAGGAACAGAAACGUGCCGGAUUUAGUGGAACCGGAAUAAAUGUCGUCUAUCCGCAUUAAAACGCACAGUAGCAUCUGUUAAAUCUGGCUUUGCAUUGUUUUUGUGGUGUGUGAAGUUGAGGAACUGCUAGUUGGAAAGGGGAAGUCAUGGCAGCAGAUAUUUUGCUAAUGAGAAGACUGAACAGACUGAGAGUGAUAUAUCAGAGUCACAUUCUCAGUAUUCAGAGAAGAGAACGCCUUAGUCUCGCCCAAAAUCCUCUCAAAGAACAGAUGUAUAGCUGCACUGAGAGAACUGCUUCAACAGUUAAAGGUGUUUUAAAAUCAAUCUAUAGUUUUCCUCACAUUGGAACAGGAACAAAUAUUACUAAGCAUAUCAGGGUUCUUCAUGCUCUAAAGGACAAUGCAGAGGGCAAUGGAGUGAUCAACAUUUAUAGUCACAAAUGUUUGGGGAAAACCAGAUGCAAGUUAUUUCGAGGGCUCACACAACCACAUUUGCCCAGCUACAGCCAGAGCUGCUCAUUCCAUCAAGAUCACUGGCUCUGGAGUGAUGCAAAAAAAGAAGGACCUGACACAUCCAAGAAACACAAGCAGAUGCUCAGCGAGAGCUCCCGUGAGCGCAAAGUACCAGUUACGAGGCUAGGACGUUUGGCAAAUUUUGGGGGCUUGGCAGUUGGACUGGGCUUGGGAGCUAUUGCAGAAGUGGCAAAGAAAAGCCUCAGAUUAGAUGAGAAAAAAGGGAAUAAAAAAGGUGUCCUUGAUUCAAAUCCAUUUGUCUCUGAGGCUAAUGCCGAACGAAUUGUUCGGACUCUGUGUAAAGUCAGAGGAGCUGCUCUUAAACUUGGACAAAUGCUUAGCAUCCAAGAUGAUGCUUUCAUCAAUCCUCAGCUGGCAAAGAUCUUUGACCGUGUUCGACAGAGUGCUGACUUCAUGCCCACAAAGCAAAUGAUGAAAGCAGUGAGCAAUGACUUGGGCUCAAACUGGCGUGAUAAGUUGGAGUUCUUUGAAGAGAAGCCUUUUGCUGCUGCUUCGAUUGGUCAGGUGCACCUGGCUAAGUUGAAGGAUGGCAGAGAGGUGGCUAUGAAGAUCCAGUACCCUGGAGUGGCCAAAAGCAUCAGCAGCGAUGUUAAUAACUUAAUGGCUGUCCUCAGUAUGAGUAAUGCAUUACCCGAAGGUCUAUUUCCAGAGCACUUGAUAGAAGUUAUGAGCAGGGAACUUGUUCUAGAGUGUGAUUACGUGAGGGAAGCCAAAUGUGCCAAAAAAUUCCAAGAGUUAUUGAAGGAUCACCCUUUCUUCUAUGUGCCAAAUGUAGUGGAUGAACUAAGCAGCCAGCAUGUCCUCACUACAGAGCUGGUGUCUGGUUUCCCUCUGGAUAAAGCUGAUGACCUGCCACAGGAACUCAAAAAUGAGAUCUGUGAGCAGAUUUUGAUUCUUUGUUUGAGAGAGCUCUUUGAGUUCAGAUAUAUGCAGACUGAUCCAAAUUGGUCUAAUUUCUUCUUUGACCCACAAAAGCACAAGGUUGCACUGUUGGAUUUUGGAGCCACAAGGGGUUUUGAUGCAAGUUUUACAGACGUGUAUAUUGAGAUCAUCAAGGCUGCAGCAGACAGAAACAGAGAGGGGGUUCUGCAACAAUCAAUUGCUAUGAAAUUUCUGACCGGUUAUGAGUCAAAGGCAAUGAUGAAUGCCCAUGUGGAUGCAGUGAUGAUCCUCGGGGAAGCGUUUGCCUCAGAAGAGCCCUUUGACUUUGGCAGUCAGAGUACAACAGAGCAGAUCCACAGGCUCAUCCCUGUCAUGCUAAAGCAGCGUCUUACCCCUCCUCCAGAAGAGACCUACUCUCUGCACCGCAAGAUGGGAGGCUCAUUUCUUAUCUGCUCCCGUCUCAAAGCCAAGCUGAGCUGUAAAAACAUGUUUCAGGAGGCGUAUGCCAAAUAUUGGCAAGAUCGACAACUACAAACAGCCCAGUAAGCAGUUUUGUAUGCAGCUCAUAGGGGAGUGUGGAAAGCCAGUCUACAACUAGGAUCUUUUUUAAAAAAAAAAAGACACUAUUGUGAUAUAAUGUGCAUCAUGAGUAAAUUACUGUCUGAAUUUCUUCUGAAUGGCAUGAAGUAAAAGUUGAUGAAUUUGCAGAACCUUGUUACUAAAGUUCAUUUUGUGUGAUGCCAAGACCUAGGAGACCAAUUCUAAAGAAACCAGUAUUGCAUGUGAUGGUUACCACCACAUAUGAGGGGCACUCUCAAGUAUACAUUUGGCCACUUCUAAAAAGCAUUCAUACCACAGCACUUUUGAAUCCUUGAAAUCUGACUCGGCACAGUUGAAUUCACAAUAUUACAUUAUUAUUGUUAUAAUACAUUGUCACUAUAGUAACAGGGACAUGGGUUGUGAACACUCCUUAUAACUGUAGUGAAAAAAUGUGUGUAAUUGUUGAUAGCCGUAAAUGUUUAGUAUUUUAGGAAUGAGUCUCCAGUGCCUGCAUUUUGUAACAGAGUUAAGGGUAAGCCCACCCGCCGCCCCCCCCACCCCC